AUGCUUUGCUGGGCACGGGGCUUCGUGCUGCCCGUGGCGGCCUGCCAGGAGAACGAAAGCGGCAGACUCUAUGCAAAGCUUUUCCAGGAUUUGGACCGCAACGGGGAUGGAAAAGUGGACAUCAAAGAGCUGCAGGAGGGCCUACAGAGAAUGGGCAUCCCUCUAGGCCGAGAAGCAGAAGAGAAAAUUUUCAGAGUUGGCGAUACCAAUUGUGAUGACCGGCUGGACUUUGAAGAAUUUACGAAGUACCUUAAAGAUCAUGAGAAAAAGAUGAAGUUGGCAUUUAAGAGUCUGGACAAGAAUAAUGAUGGACAAAUUGAAGCUUCAGAAGUUGUCCAGGCUCUGAACACCCUAGGCAUAGAUAUUUCUGAACGACAGGCAAAGAAGAUUCUUCAAAGCAUUGAUGUUGAUGGGACAAUGACAGUUGACUGGAAUGAAUGGCGGCAACACUUUUUUUUAAAUCCUGCUGAAAACAUUGAGCAAAUAGUUUACUUCUGGAAACAUUCGGGCAUUGAUAUAGGAGAUAGCAUAUCAAUUCCAGAUGAAUUCACAGAGGAAGAAAGGAAAUCUGGUCAGUGGUGGAGACAGCUCUUGGCAGGAGGGAUCGCUGGGGCUGUCUCAAGGACAAGCACGGCACCUUUAGAUCGAAUGAAGGUCAUGAUGCAGGUUCAUGGUUCAAAGUCAAACAAAAUGAGCAUAGUUGGUGGAUUUAAGCAGAUGGUGAAAGAAGGAGGCAUCCAGUCCCUUUGGAGAGGAAACGGUGUGAAUGUUAUGAAAAUUGCUCCCGAAUCAGCUAUUAAAUUCUGGGCAUAUGAAAAGUAUAAGAAGCUGCUGACUAGUGAAGGUGCCAAAAUUGGACUAGUCGAGAGAUUUGUUUCUGGUUCUAUGGCAGGAGCAACAGCACAGACCUUCAUUUACCCUAUGGAGGUUCUAAAGACCAGGUUGGCUGUUGGCAAAACUGGUCAAUACUCAGGGAUGUUCGACUGUGCCAAGAAGAUAUUGAAGUAUGAAGGCAUGGGAGCCUUUUUCAAAGGCUACAUCCCUAACUUCCUUGGCAUCAUCCCCUAUGCAGGAAUAGACCUUGCUGUUUAUGAGCUGUUGAAGAAUAAUUGGCUAGAACAUUUUGCAGAAGAUUCCGUAAACCCUGGGGUUUUGGUGCUGCUGGCAUGUGGUACUUUGUCAAGUACAUGUGGUCAGUUGGCCAGCUAUCCCCUCUCUCUUAUCAGGACUCGCAUGCAGGCUCAAGCCAUGGUGGAAGAUGCACCCCAGCUAAAUAUGAUUGACCUCUUUAAGAAAAUAGUUACCAAAGAAGGAAUCUUCGGACUUUACAGGGGCAUCCUGCCUAAUUUCAUGAAAGUGCUGCCUGCAGUGAGCAUCAGCUAUGUGGUAUAUGAGAAAAUGAAGCAAAAUUUGGGAAUAGCCCCGAAAUGA